UAACAGUGGGUUCAACUCGAAAUAAGACAUGGGUCCUGGUGCUGUCCGGAGAGAACAUGUCUCCUGCCGUUACCGUGUUGACCACAGUGUUUCUGCCGGCGCUCCUGAUGCUGGGGGGUCUUGGAGGGGCAGCGGCGUUUGGCUCGCAGGUCUACGGGAAAUCCAUCAACAGUGAUAAGACUUUGCUGAGCAGCAAUGAUGGAAGACACACGAUGAAGAAACAUCCACACCAGCAGACAAAGAGUGAAAUUCACCGGAGUUUGGACCUCGAGAGCUUCAACAUACUCGUGACCCCCAGAACCAACAAAAUCAGCCUCCCGCACAUCAUCAAGCUCUACCCGACCACCGCCAAGCCUCUCCACCUGCACGCCAACAUUCCCUUGCGCUUUGGACGGGAUAGUGUUCCUGGUGACGACGGGGCCCCGAAUGUGACCCCCAACUUGCCCCAGAGGUUUGGCCGGUCCUGGGGGGUGAUUGGAAUGUGUGCCAAGGGCCCAAAGGUCCGAGAAGCACCAGACCCAGUGAUGCCUCAGAGGUUUGGGAGAAGCAAUCCGUAUAGGAGGCUACUUAGGACUCUGGUCAAUGCAAAGUUAUCAAACACUGGCUUGCACUGGGCUGAAGAUUAUGACUUUACAACCAGCUCAGAAGAGGUGGAGAUACAAGAGAAGUCUUUGAGAGGAUGA